AUGGACGAUGGCAAGAGCGUUGGUAUCAUCGGCAUGGGCGACAUGGGGAAGAUGUACGCGCGCCGGCUGAGCGCAGCGGGAUGGAAACUGCUCCAGCCCAAAGUUGAGAUUAUGCGAACCGGCCACUUUGUCUCCCGCUGCAGCGACUACAUCAUCUACAGCGUCGAGGCGAAGAACAUUGAUGCCGUUGUGCAGGCAUUUGGGCCGUCGACCAAGGUCGGCGCCGUCGUCGGCGGCCAGACGUCCUGCAAAGCGCCAGAGAUUGACGCGUUCGAAAAGCAUCUCCCCGCCGACGUCAGCAUCGUAUCGUGCCACUCACUCCACGGGCCCGGCGUCGACCCCAAAGACCAACCGCUCGUGCUGAUCAAGCACCGCGCAUCCGACGCCGACUUUGCCUUUGUCGAACGGGUGCUCUCGUGCCUGCAAUCCAAGCACGUGUACCUAACGCGGGAGCAGCACGACCGCAUAACAGCCGACACACAAGCCGUCACACACGCCGCCUUUCUCAGCAUGGGCGCGGCGUGGUCCGCCAACAACCAGUUUCCCUGGGAAACACCCCGCUACAUUGGCGGCAUCGAAAACGUCAAGAUCAACAUCACACUGCGCAUCUACGCCAACAAGUGGCACGUCUACGCCGGGCUCGCGAUCCUCAACCCAGACGCCCGCAGGCAGAUCGAGCAGUACGCCGCGUCGGUGACGGAGCUAUUCAAGCUGAUGCUCGCGGGAAACAGGGUGGAGCUGGAGCGCCGCGUGUAUGCCGCGCGGGACGCCGUGUUUGGCGGCGCGCACGAGAAGAAGGAAGGGCAGGAACUGUUGCUUAGGGAUGACCUUUUGGAUCGCUUCAGUCUGGGCGAGAUGCCGGAGCGGCGAUUGAAGAACAAUCAUCUCAGUCUCCUGGCCAUUGUGGAUUGUUGGUGGAAACUCGGUAUCGUGCCGUAUGAUCACAUGAUCUGCUCUACGCCUCUCUUCCGCAUGUGGCUCGGCAUAACAGAAUCGCUCUUCCGCAACCCCGUGCUCCUCGCCGAAGCAAUCGCCACGGGCAUCGACGACAACACGUUCCGCGGCGACGAUCUAGAAUUCACGCUCGCGGCGCGCGACUGGAGCCAGCGCGUCAGCCUGGGCCACUUUGAUGCGUACAAGGCCAAGUUCGAGGCUAUUCAGACUUACUUUGAGCCGAGGUUUGAGGAGGCGACAAAGUUGGGCAAUGAGAUGAUUCGCGCGAUUCUGGAGAAGACGAGGGAGGCUUGA